UUACGAAAUAUUGUUUACAAAUUGGCUAGAAAGUGUUUUAAAAAGCGUUUUACAAAAGAUUGCUCGUAAAAAUGCUUAAAAUAAAAUCCCUCCUUCCGUUGUUAUCAAACGUGCGAAAUCUGCACACGAGUCAGAGGAGUUUGUUGAACCUCGUUCCGAUAGUGGUGGAGCAGACGGGGCGGGGAGAACGGGCUUACGACAUUUUCUCCCGGCUGCUAAAGGAACGCAUUAUCUGCCUGAUGGGGCCGGUCCACGACGAUCUUAGUUCACUGAUCGUGGCACAGCUGCUCUUCCUACAGUCCGAAAACGGAACCAAACCCAUCCACAUGUACAUCAACUCGCCGGGGGGAAGUGUGACGGCAGGGCUGGCCAUCUACGAUACGAUGCAAUACGUUAAACCACCCGUAGCGACCUGGUGUGUAGGCCAGGCGUGCUCAAUGGGCUCGCUACUCUUGGCUGCCGGAGCUCCAGGAAUGCGUCAUUCGUUGCCAAACGCGCGCAUCAUGAUCCACCAGCCGUCCGGUGGGGCACAGGGACAAGCGACCGACAUACAGAUACAAGCGGAAGAGAUUUUGAAAUUGAAGAAACAACUGACAGAGAUCUAUGGCAAGCACACGAAAACGUCGAUAGAUGUACUUUAUUCGAAGAUGGAGCGCGACACAUUCCUUAGUCCAGAGGAAGCUCAAGCACUCGGCAUUAUAGACACCGUACUGGAGCAUCCUCCUUCGUCAACCGAAGGAACAUCGUAAUGAUAAGAACGCAUCUGUUAAAAAAGUUGUUUGUCGGUUCACAUUCGUGGCAUUCUAAAUAUAACGGAAAACGAGUAAUAACUGUCUAUCAAAUGAAAUUUCAUGCCUACAUUCGAAUGGUGAUGGAAUGAUAUUUUUUAAAUUAAUCUAAUUAGGUUUCACACUAUCUGAAAGCAGAGAAUAACCUGGAAUUUAGAUCGUUGAACGUUGAACUUUAAUA